CUUUGCUGUGAUUGAACCGUUCUAGCGCUUUAUACAAUAAGUACAUAUCAAGCCGUUAUACGUCGCCAGGAAUCUUGUGAUGCAGCGAGCGUUUACUUUAAGUCAUGAACGGUUCGUGCUGGACAUUGAUCCGACUCGGCGACACAUCAAGGGCUCGGCGGAACUCACCAUCCAGCCUUUGCAAAAAAGACUGAGCAACAUUCGGAUCAACUGUCGGCAGUGCAAAAUCACUUCUGUAGAAGUUAAUGAACAACGAGUGAGACACAGUUAUGCAGACCCUGUUUCGGAACUCACGCUGGGAGAGAACACAACGGUCGCCCAUCAUCAUGUAUAUAAAAGCAAAUAUUUGAACGCAUUACGGGAAGCCGACGAAGGCGAAUUAUUAAUACCCAUCCCGGACAGUUGUAUCAAGCAGAUAUCCGAAUCCGAAGCCCGCUUGGUAACGAACGAUGUGUAUAUGCACGACACAAUGACGACAUUACAUGAUGACACUGUAAUAGCCGACAAGACGAACGACCCCUUACCAUCAACACCCACCUACGCGCCAAUCACCGUUCGAGUCGAAUAUACACUGGAAAAUCCACGGACUGGAGUGAUAUUUGUUGACCCUGAUGAAAUUGUUGCACCUUAUCGUUACCAUCAUUUGUAUACCAUAAAUCAACCGCUGCCUGGAGCAACGCGUUCCUGGUUACCAUGUAUCGAUAGGAUCCAUGACCGAUGUACUUGGGAAAUGGACUUCAUUGUGCCGAAUAAGUUGGGCUCUUUACCCUACAAAAACGAUGGUGAGGAUAUAAGCGAAGACGAGUAUCCGGCAAUGGUAGUGUGCAGUGGCGACAUGGUGGAACAGGUCGUUCAUCCACUGGACGUUUCACGUAAAAUCGUACGCUAUAAUCUCUCGAUACCAACAGCAGCACCAUUUAUCGGUUUUGCCGUCGGACCUUUUGAGAUGAUCAAAUUAACGCCUGCGCAGCUGCAAGAAGAAGUGUUGACAGGAGCCGAUUUAGAUGAAAAUCAGCAACAGAGUCUUAUGGCGGAAAUCAACAUGAUGGCCAACAUUUAUGCUUUUGCGCUACCAGGGCAACGAGAAGACCUUACUGUUAGCUGCAGCUUCUUGAUGCAUGCCAUGCAUUUCUAUGCUCAGGAGUACGGAUCAUACCCAUUUACAGACUAUAAACUGGUUUUUGUAGAGGACGCAUGGAGUGAAACAAGCUCUAGCGCUUCUCUUACAAUUUACAGCUCGCGUCUAUUACAUCCUCCUGAUAUCAUCGAUCAGACUUAUAAUACGCGAAGGGUUUUGAGUUUAGCUCUGGCUAGGCAAUGGUUCGGUAUUCAUAUUGUUCAGAAGUCGUGGCCAGACGCAUGGCUCGUCUAUGGAUUAUCGAAUCUGAUGGGUGCCUACUUUAUCAAGCGCCACUUGGGUAAUAGCGAAUUCCGAUUACGCAUGAAAAGAGAUAUGGAGCUUUGCUGCACGCUCGAUGUCAACCGACCUCCGUUAUACAACCCAGCGCUACCAUCGCCUCUUGAUCCUGAAGAUCUCGAAUUUAUCGAUUUGAAGGCACCCCUAGUUCUAUAUAUGCUGGACAGACGGAUAUGCAAAGCAGGCACCACACUUGGCCUGGCUCGCGUUAUUUCCAAACUCCUCGUAUCAGCCAUUAGCGGUGAAUUAGUCCACAACGCGCUCAGCACACAUAACUUUUUGAAGUUAUGCCGAAAACUCAGUGGUGUUGACACUAAAACAUUCGCGGAUCAAUGGAUUUACCGGAGCGGCUGUCCAAAAUUCACAUUUUCGUUCCAUUUCAACCGCAAAAAGAUGGUCGUCGAAUUUUACAUGAGCCAAGAGAACAGUAAUGCAUGUCUCGGUUCCAGCAAACACAAUCCACCGUCGACGGAUAUGAAUGUGGAAGGAGCGAAUGGUGUUAACGGAGGCAAUGGAUCGAUCGAUUAUCAGGACCUAGUAACACCACUGUUCACCGGCAAUUUGACUGUACGUAUUCACGAAGCAGACGGCACUCCUUACGAGCAUAUUUUGGAUAUUCAAUCGGCCAAGCACAAAUUCGAAGUGCAAUUCAAUACCAAAUACAAACGUAUCCGUCGAAACACGAAAAGAUUUCUGGCAAAACAAGCAGCGGCUGCAGCAGCAGUUGCCGAAGAAGAUGCCGACAAGGAGGAUGGUGAAGGUGGUACAACAAAUGUACUCGGCAUUAUUCCAGCACUCGGUUUGGGCAUGCCCGUUUUUGAAGAUCCAAAGCAGCGCGAGAUAUGGAAGGUUGUGGAGUGGGGUCAAGAUGAAGAAGAUACCAGCGGUGCUGCCAGUGCUAUGUUUGAUUGGAUUAGACUGGAUGCCGAUUUUGAAUGGAUCUGUACGAUUGAUUUCAAGCAGCCAGAUUACAUGUGGGCCGGCCAGUUGACUAAGGAUCGAGAUGUGGUAGCUCAAUACGAGGCUAUUGAAGCUCUCAAAAACAUGCCAUCAUUACCCACAUCUACAAGUUUAUUGCGUGCGCUAUUGGACUCGAAAUGUUUUUACAAGAUUCGAAUGGAGUCAGCUUAUGCUCUAGCAAAGUGCGGUGGCGGUGACAACGACUGGGUCGGUUUACAUCAAUUAUACAAAAUGUUCCAAGGCCGAUAUUGCUUCCCGCCAGCAGGUUCUCCAUCUGAUCCGGAAGACCCGUUGACAUGGACACACGCAAUACCAAAACCAAACAACUUUAGCACCUUGCCAGACUAUUUUGUCCAAAAAGGCCUGGUUAUUGCUUUUUCGCAAGUACGAGAUGAAAAUGGUGUUACACCAAUAAAAGUUCGACAGCUACUGCUGGAUCUUCUAAAGUACAACGACAACAUCGGCAAUGAGUUUUCUGACAGUUAUUAUAUUGCAACCAUCAUAUCUGCUCUUGGAGAUGCUUUUAUACCCAUGCGUGACACUUCCAAUCCGGAUAGCAUGCAAAUCGACGAUGACGAAGGGGAGCAACUUUUGGCUGCUGCAGUAUCUGAAAUUGAGCGUUUUAGAACUCUGGAUUGUGUGAUCCCUACUUACCACAAUAUCGUAACCGUAAGCUGCAUCAAGGCUCUAACAAAUUUAAUGUUGAACGGUGUGCUUGAGCCCAGUCUGAACCAUUUUCUGCAAUACACAAGAUAUGGCAACUAUUUAGGCAUUCGUUUGUGCGCGUUCGACAGCCUUUUCGUUCUUUGUGGACUGACCGAAAAUACCCUCACUGAAUAUUUCCUCAACGUCAUCAAAGACGACCCAUGCCCUUAUGUUUCCCACUACGUGGCCCGUGCCAUGUUGGCAUGGCUGGGUCCUGCAAUGCGUGACAAGCAAGAAGUUACGCAGAGUCGAUUUGUGGAAGAGUUUGCUGAAGAAGAGGGCCGUGGAUCUUUAUUGGAGGAACGACAGUUAUCACAAAAAGCAAAUGAGAACGAGGAUGAAGUAUAUAUCGAAAAUCUGCGAAGGCAGUUUGAAGAUAAUAUGGAGCUACAAGAGAAUAUAUGGCGACUGCUAAAUUCCACCGAAAGUGCAUCGCUUGAUCACUCAGUACGUAAGAGCUUACUUCAAUUUUGUGAAUACAUGUACAAACCGGUCGAUGUUGGUAUCAAGGUCACAAUUCGUAUGCCAUCACUCGUACAAGAUAUCGCUGAAGAUGUAUCAGAACCUGCUAUGCCUUCACCGCCCGUGCUUAAAAUCAGCAAAUCCAAACACGAAAAGCAUGAUAAAAUCAACAAGCAUGAGAAACAUGAAAAGCAUGAUAAACGCGAGAAGGCUGAUAAACAUGAGAAGUAUCGUGCCCAAAAAGGAACGGCCAAAGAGAAUGGUGAAGCGCCAGCUCGACCAGAAAAACGACCAAGUCUUCUGGAAAAUACUGUUGCUCCAACGCACAAAGAAAACAAACAGCAACAGAAGAAACUACGUUCACCACCGGAGGUACCAGCAACCGUUGCCCAACCAGCACCACCACCAGUUGCUCCUAUAUCAAUUCCUUCUCCCCAACCUGUCUCCACAGCAGCGCCUACUCCAAUACCAGAACCAGAACCAGCAACAGCAACAGUAGGAGCAGCAUCUCAGCAACCUCCUCCGUCUGCUGCCGCUGAUAACAAGCAGAUUCCUUUGGCUGUUCCUAGGAUUACUAGUAAGAAGCCUGAUGGCAUGACAGUGAGCGAUUUCAAAAAGUGCCGAAGGAUCCUUGGCAAAAUCCAAAGGCAUAAGUCUGCGCUCGCUUUUUUGCAGCCUGUCGAUGAAGAGCUUGAUGGGGCUCCUCAAUAUUACAAGAUCAUCAAAAAACCAAUGGAUAUUGGCACCAUUCGGACGAAACUCGAAAAGGGCGAAUAUACCACUUAUCAGCAACUGGAUGACGAUAUUCGGUUGAUGCUCAACAACUGCUUUGCCUAUAACGGUCCAGGAACUUUUGUCCACAACGAAGCUUUUAAUCUUGAACAAGUUCUUGAGAAGGAACUUGAGGUGAUUCGCAAAAAAGAGGAGGAGAAGCGCCGUGAACAUGAACAGAGACGUGCUGAGCAGCUGGCAAGCGAAAAGAAACCCGAAAAAGGUACAAAUGAAACAGCAAUCGUAUCACCACUGACAGCAACAAAAGCAAACACACCAUCCGCUCAAAAGCCAUCGCCUCCCGCUCCGGUAUUAUCACCACAACAACCACGUACAUCCACGCCUAUAUCCACCACGACUCCAUCAACUCCAGCAUCUGUGCCUUCAUCAUCAGCGCACACACCAUCGCCAGCUCCACGUCCUUCGCAACCAAUUGGUGCUACUGCAUCACCGACUGCCGCUCCAUCAGCCUCUAUACCCAAGGCAGCAGAACGCAAGCCAGAAAGAGAGAAGACUUUUCGCGAAAAAUGCGCUACAGUACUUGCAAAGACGAUGGAAAAUCGACAUGCAUUCGAAUUUUUACGGCCAGUGGAUCCCAUUCGACAGGGAAUUCCGCAGUAUCUGACCAUCAUCAAGAAGCCCAUCGAUCUCGGAACUAUCAAGGGGAAACUAAAAACCAACAAGUAUACGAGUGCUCAAGAGUUCGAUGAAGAUGUGCGGCUGAUGUUGAGAAACUGCUUCGCCUUCAAUAAACCGAAUACAUACGUGCAUGAGGAAGGCCGACAGCUCGAAGAAGUUUACAAUCGUGAGUGGGCCAAUGUUUUUGGUGGUGCCGUUCGAAAGCCAAGCUCACCCGUGGUCACUAAGGAAAAGCCAGCACCAGCACCAGAAUCAGUAAAGGCGCCUGUUGUUGCCACUAAUGGCGAUGUGUCUACUCCAAUAACAGCGCGUACACCCCCACACCCACAACAAAGUCCAGUGCAACAGGCUCCUAAAAAGUCGACAUCCAAACCAGGAACAUCUGCAUCUACCAGUGCACAAGCCGUACCCAAGUCAUCCUCUGUUUCUCCAGCCCAGCCCAAGCAUCGUAAGCAAGGAGGUUCUCAUGGUGCAAACGGCAGCAGUACCGCUAAAUCUGCUCAUGAACGCCAGAGGAUACGAGAUCGCAUGGACGACGACAAUAUCAGACGAUGCGACCAAGUUUUGAAAAAGAUUUGGAAUCAUCCAGCAUCUCAGCAAUUCUAUGAACCGGUCGAUGUUGAAGGGCUGAACUUGCCUCAAUACUACGAUAUUGUCAAGCGACCCAUGGACUUAUCAUCCGUGCGACGCAAUCUCGAGGGCGAAGAAUUUUCGACUAUCUGGGAAUUCGAACGCGACAUACGCCAGGUCUUUUGGAACUGCUACUUGUACAACGAUCCGAAUGCAUGGAUCACGCAACAAGCCCGCGAACUGGAGGGUGCGUUUAACAAGGUUUGGUGUGCUGAAUUUGGCGAUCCCAACAGACUUCAAGGGGAGAAUUUGAAGCUCGUGCGUAAGGUUGUGACCAAGCUUAGUAUGCAUGAUGCUGCAGCUUUCUUCAACGAGCCGGUUGAUCUUGACAGCUUGCCUGACUAUGGCCGGGUUGUCAAGACCCCCAUGGAUCUCCGCACAAUCUGGGAAAAGGUCGAAUCUGGGAAAUACACCAACUUGCCAGAUGUGGACUCGGAUAUUCGACUGGUUUUUACCAACUGUUUUACGUACAACAAGGUCGGCACGUUUGCAUACGACCAGGGUAAACGAUUGGAAAAGUAUUACAAUAGUAAUAUUGGUAAAGAGUUACGGCAUCGUGUCAAGGAAGCAUCACCGGCCGCUCGUGCCACCACGCCAACGACGACAACCCCUACCCCUUCAUCGACGAAACAUAACACUGCUACGCCUAAACCACGAUCUUCUGCAUCGCCAGCUCCAACAUCAGUAUCACCAAAGUCAUUUACAUCCAAACAACAGCAGCAUGGCAGUAGCAAUAACGCGACUAUACCCUCCCCUAAACAAACUAAUAUCGAUAAACGCUCUCCAUCUAUUACUAUGAAACCUCCACACACCACAACAGCUGCCAAAACGCCAACUAUUGAGGCAACAGUACCAUCUGCAUCAGCUACUCCAACAACAAAAGCUUCGCCUGCAAAGACACCGAAGCCAUCCAAAGAAACGCAUAAUCAUCCAAAAGCAGAAGCACAAGCUGCUAAACACCAUCCAUCACCGCCCUCAACUCCUCGAAAGCUUCCAACCGAAUUGACAAAGAAGAUCACUUCUUUGCUUGGGAAAUUGAAAAAUCAUAUUGCUUCAAUGGCAUUUUUGCAGCCAGUUGACCCAGUCGCUCUCGGUGUACCUCAUUACCCUGCUAUUAUUAAAAAGCCCAUGGAUUUGAGUACAGUUGAGAAAAAGCUCAAGGAUGGAGAGUACAAGUCAGUCAAGGACUUUGAAACUGACGUGCGGCUGAUUUUUACCAACUGUUACACGUUCAACGGUUUUGAACAUCCUGUUUCACAGAACGCCAUGGUCCUGGAAAAGAUUGUCAACAAAGAGGUUCCCGCUUUGCGAAAAAAGGAACAAGAGCUUUUACAGGCACCUACUAGCGGCGGCGGUGGUAGUAGUAGUAGCAAGGCUUCCAGUGGCGGCGGCGGCGGUGCUUCACAAUCCAAAAAGACGCCUAAAAAGACCAUUAAGCAAAGUUCAGCAACCCAAGGACCUACUGCAGCAGCUAAAGCCGAAUUACGGAAAUACAAGGCUGUUCUGGAUAAGCUUCAAAGUCAUCCGUCGUAUUUUGCAUUCAGUGCUCCAGUGGACCCGGUGCUCUUGCAGAUCCCCACCUACUUUGAUGUGAUCAAGAACCCCAUGGAUCUUGGAACAGCUCGCAAGAAACUUGAAAAGAACGAGUAUCUUGAUGCAAGUGCCCUGCUCAAAGAUGUACAGCAGGUUUUCAUCAACUGCUUUCUGUUCAAUCCUGCGGAUGAUGUUGUAUAUGAGAUGGGCCGUAAGGUCGAAAGCGAGUUCAACGAGCUGUGUGCUGCCAAGGGUCUGAAGGGUAUACCGAUUAGCAAUCCAGUCAAACCUCCUAUUCCUACUUCUUUCGAUUCACAGUUACAACAGGAUCAAGACCCGAUGGCGACAUAUGAGCAGCAGCCAGCAUCAUUUGGUGAGCCAAUGUCGUUUCAUCAACAGCACGAGCAGCAACAGUUUGGCUAUGAUUUGCCUUAUGAUCAGUCCGGUCUUGGUUAUGACCAGUCUGUCUCGUUUGAGCAACCAGACUUUACAGCUGGAAUUCCGUUGGAGAUUGACCCUAUGGGUAGCCAUAAACGAGGUUUGGAUGAUUAUGUUGACGGAGGCGAUGCACAAGACUAUGAUUUGGAUCACUCGGAUGAGUUUCUUUUCGGCAAAAAGCGGAGGGUCAUGUAAUUGCUUUGAUUCGAUCAUUUCAUCUUUUAGUACUUUGUAUAUAUUUGUAAAAACCUUGCAAAACAUAAUGCAUUUUUAUCCCCAUUUUCUCUUGUUCACAAUCACUCACUCUCUUGCACACAAUUUCAUAACUGUAUAAAGAACAAAAAACCGUUUCAAUUGGUCACA